GCACGAGUCAUUGAGUAUACAGUUUGAGGUCGCGUCUCGGGAGUUGAAUGUCAGUGAAUAAUUAUACAUAAUUGUUUUACUUGUUAAUUACGCAGUUACCUGGAGAUAUUUGAGAAAAUAAUAUGUAACCUGAAAAUGGCGGAGAUCAGCAAACACAUGUUCGAGAGUGCGUGCCGGGACCUUCACUGCAGUGAGAUUUUACAUCCAUGGGAUAGAAGCUGCUGGUCAUCAUCAAUACAGACAUACAUAGAUUCGUUUAUUGGUAGCGCUCGGUUUUACGCUGUUAUACACUUGGCUCAAAAUGCUUUACGCGGAAAAAAGGUUCUGGAAAAGAAUGAGCUGAUAAAGGCUGGAGAGUAUUAUAUUAGGUCAACGAUAUUAGGGGGUCUCAUCAGUGGAACAUGUAUAUCACUUAGCUGCUUUCUUAGAUUACUAAUGGGAAGAAAGAUAAACUACUACACAUAUCUGAUGAUUCCUAACAUGAUAAACGGGGUAUUUAUUCUUCUAGAACCUCCAUCAAGAAGAGGAUUAGUUAUCAAUUUAUUUAGUAAUUUGGUUAUAGAGUACUGGCUACGGAGCCUUCAGCGUUCUGGAUACAUAUCACUCGGUACAUCUAAACAAAUGCUUCUCUUCUCCUUGGGUAGUGCUCUCCUCUUCUAUCUCAUGCGUUUAGAAGGAGAGAAGAAGAAUCGAACACCGUUACUUUGGUUAUUUACACCUGAAAAAGUAAGAAGAAAAACAGAUGAUACAAAUAAUGUUUGUCCACACGACGGCCCGUGUUUGCAAUAUAUAUUUAAGGGAUCAGCGAAAUACUUCUCAGCCGGACUAGCCUUUACCUUUGCAAAAACAAUUUUGCCGAAACUUCGGACGCCAUUGAAAGCUCUGUCGGGCAUUCGGGGCAGGCACUUUAGCAUGGCCUUAUUCUUCGGCAGCUAUAUCGGUAUUUAUAGAGCUGUAAUCUGCUUCUUAUGCCGUAAGCGAGGUUAUGAUUCAGCAUUGUACGCGUUACCUGCCGGUUACGCAGCCGGCCUUUCGUUCCUCUUUAAACCAAACCUUGGUUUUGCAAUUGCAGCUCUGACAGGCGCUUUUAAGAUAUACUCAACAACGUUAUAUGAAAAGAAAAUUCUAUCGGAAAAGUUACAGUUGCCUCUCAUCAUGUACUGUAUUUGUCAAGGAAUACUUUUCCAUACGCGUUUCAUGCACCCGGAUGUGUGUCCGUCCUACGUGUUUAAUCUAAUGAAGAGUGUUACUAACGGACGAUCUGAUAAAAUUUACAAACGACUACUAGAAAUAUUGAAAAUAGCUUCGGUGUGAGAAUUAAGAUUUAGCUUUGGAUUUAAUGGAAUAAAAAUGUACGCCUAAACAUGGCGUAUGGAAAAUUAAGCAUUUGUAGUUAAGUAAGUUUAUGGUACAUGGUAAGAUAAUUUGUUUUGUGCCCAUGUGACGUACAUUAAAGGUGACUGUGAUAAUGUUA